GUUAACGUUAGGCAUUGGUUUGGUAGACGUAAACGUCAUUGGUGACCGACUCCUCAAGGAACUCCUGUUUCCCCUUCUAAGUCGGUCAUCGCUCAGACUCUUCACCCUAUAAAUUUCCUCAACUUCCCCUCUUUCUUUCAUUCAUCCUUUCUUAUCACUAAUAGUCUUCUGAAAUUCUCACCAAUUCUUUUAUCAAAAGCGGCUUUCUAUUUUCUAUCCCAACAAGAUGCAAAUCUUCGUGAAAACCCUCACCGGGAAGACCAUCACCCUUGAAGUUGAAAGCUCUGACACAAUUGAUAAUGUGAAAGCCAAGAUUCAGGACAAGGAGGGCAUCCCGCCGGACCAGCAAAGGCUGAUUUUUGCCGGAAAACAGCUGGAGGAUGGACGUACCCUUGCCGACUACAACAUUCAGAAGGAAUCCACCCUUCAUUUGGUUCUGCGCCUGAGGGGAGGCAUGCAGAUCUUUGUUAAGACCCUUACCGGAAAAACAAUUACUCUUGAAGUUGAAAGCUCUGAUACAAUUGAUAAUGUCAAGGCUAAGAUUCAGGACAAAGAGGGCAUUCCCCCAGACCAGCAGAGGUUGAUUUUUGCUGGCAAACAACUUGAAGAUGGCCGCACCCUUGCUGAUUAUAACAUUCAGAAGGAGUCGACCCUUCACUUGGUGCUUAGGCUGAGGGGAGGGAUGCAAAUUUUUGUGAAGACCCUCACUGGAAAGACUAUCACUUUGGAGGUUGAGAGCUCAGAUACAAUUGACAACGUGAAAGCUAAGAUCCAGGAUAAGGAGGGAAUCCCUCCGGAUCAGCAGAGGCUGAUCUUUGCUGGCAAGCAGCUUGAAGAUGGCAGGACUCUUGCUGACUAUAAUAUUCAGAAAGAGUCAACUCUUCAUUUAGUGCUGAGAUUGAGGGGUGGAAUGCAGAUUUUUGUCAAGACGUUGACAGGGAAGACCGUAACUCUUGAGGUGGAGAGUUCAGAUACUAUAGAUAAUGUGAAGGCAAAAAUUCAGGACAAGGAGGGCAUCCCACCAGACCAGCAAAGGUUGAUCUUUGCUGGUAAGCAGCUUGAGGAUGGCCGCACGCUUGCAGAUUACAACAUCCAGAAGGAAUCAACGCUCCAUUUGGUUCUCAGGUUGAGGGGGGGAAUGCAAGUUUUUGUUAAGACUCUGACUGGAAAGACCAUCACUUUGGAGGUGGAGAGCUCAGAUACGAUUGAUAACGUCAAAGCUAAGAUCCAGGACAAGGAGGGGAUCCCACCUGACCAGCAGAGAUUGAUCUUUGCUGGUAAACAGUUGGAAGAUGGAAGGACUUUGGCAGAUUAUAACAUCCAGAAAGAGUCCACCCUUCACCUUGUCCUGCGUCUGCGUGGUGGUUUCUGAAUGCUGCAUCUAUAUGCAGUUGAAGGCUGUCUCUUGAAGAUGGCAGUAUUUUGUGUUGUCUGCUUGACUUCUGUUCGUGUUCAAGCCAUGGGUCCUAAUAACUUCUCAAGCGUUUUUUAAAUGUAUAGUUUAGGGAUUUGGUGGUGGUGUUCCAUGUUUGUGAUGGGAAUUAAUGGUGGUGUUAUUUGAUUUGUUAAUAAAGUUCAGAAGUUUUCAAUA